AUGAAAACGUCAGCGGCUCCCUCGCGCGCCUCGUGCGUCGCGCGCGCGCGCGCGCGACGGGCGAGACGCGCGAGACCGCACUCGAGGGCGUUAUCGGAAGACGCGUGCGCGCGAGCGUGCGGGUACGACCCGGAGGAGAAGGCGAGAGAGAUGUUGUCCAGACUCUUGACGCUGAGCGCGACGCGCGUGAUCAUGGCACAGGCGGACGGGCAAGGGAAUGAGUGCAGCGAGGACGUGAAUAUUUCAAAGAUCACGAGCGUUUUCUUGGAUGAGCUGGAGCGGAGGCCGAUGACGGGGAACGGGAGCGCGUUCGUGGAGCGCUUGAUGGCGAGCGCCGACGGGGACACGCGGUUAGCGGCGGUGAGGCUCAUCGAGGUGCGAAGGACGUACGCGGAAGAGGAUUUCGAUUGGGAAGAGGUUGUAGAAGAGACGGUUAAGUUGUGUGAGAAGCAGAGGCUGGAAUUGUUGAAGGAUCACGCGACGAAGAGUUUAGACUAG